AUGGAUAGAGACGAUAUUACCAACCGUUUGGACAGCGCAUUCGACAAGCUCUGUCUGGCAUCGUAUGCCAAUAAACUUCCCACCUUUUCUGGCGAGAGAGGGGCAGGCGGAUUCAUGCAAUUUCUUGAGAAAUUUCGGGAAAUAGCUAGUAUAAUGGGCCUAACAGAAAAUAAAUCGGUUCUCCUUCUCCCAGCCCACCUUGGAAGGGACCGCGAAAGCAAGAUACUUGACGCAUAUCCCAAUACUCAGUCAUCGGCCGAACGUAAAUUUUUGCAAUCCAUGGUAUUUACCAAUGCUCUCGCUAACCCAAUAAAACAGCGACUGAAGCUUUUAGGCCCUCUACCUACUAACUACGAUAAACUUGUGCAAGAUGCUGAAAGAAUGUGGAAUCUGACUAAGACUGAUCCCGAUUCUUUAGGGGAAGGGGUACUAAUUGCAAAAAUGGAUAGAGUCUUGGAUCAGAUAUCCGCAACGAGAAACUUUGUAACCACUAAUUCUGCAUACACACCCAAACCUAACGCCCUUAGCUUCCGUAACUCAAGCCGGCCAUAUAAUUCCAAGUAUCAACCAAGAGCCAUAAUUAGCUUAUAUAUAACUCCAAUAACCGCAUACUCUCUUCAGUAUCAACUUUGUGCCGCAGGAAAAUCUGGAUGGCCUAUCGCCUAUCCUGACCCUUUACAAUGCACAACCUCUCCCAAUACAUCCGACAUAUUACUUACCUCGGCCAAUCUUUACGUAGAGCGCACCGAACCCCUUUUGAUACCGGCAUAUCAUUGUUUCAACAAAACUAGAAAAAUAUGUGCUUCCUCAUAUUUGCACGUUUCUUUCUCAGUCAAUAGUGAUGAGGAAUCAAUGACUCCCAUUGAUCCCUGCCCUUGCAAAACAAUAACACAAACCAAGAAAUACAUGGGAAUCCCUCUUGAACCACUUUCACAUAAUGUUUUUGGCUCGGAAAAUCAAGUCCACUACUCAUAUCCAUGGUUUUUCGGAGAAAAAUGCACACUCACUACUAACUUAUAUUAUGAGCAAGGAGAAAUUGCCACUUUCGAUGGAGAACAUUUAAUAGGCCAAUUUGGAAAUAUGGCACCAUUGCAACAUUGGCAAAAACCAAUGUUUUCUGUCCACACGGCACCGUUAUAUGGAACCGUCCAGCAAUGGAUACCCCACUCUGCCGAUUCACUAAAGCAGUUGAAGGAGUAG